AUGGUGCAAGUAUUCAAGAGUGAUUCUCAGGCAUACGGCCAACUAAUCAGAGUACUCUCGAUCGAUGGCGGUGGAGUUCGAGGCAUAAUCCCGGGCGUAAUCCUCGGUUUUCUCGAAUCCGAGCUUCAGAAGCUCGACGGGCCCCAUGCUAGGAUUGCCGACUAUUUCGACGUGGUUGCCGGAACGAGCACUGGAGGGCUCGUCACCGCCAUGCUCACGGCUCCUGACCGAGAAAACAGGCCAUUGUUCACGGCAAAAGAAGUCAAGGAUUUCUAUCUUCAACAUUGCCCCAAGAUUUUCCCCCAAAGGAGGGGUAAUAUCGUGAGCCGAUGCGUGAAAUCGCUUUGGGGACCAAAGUACGACGGGAAGUAUUUGCACGCGCUUCUUAAGGAGAAGCUUGGGGACACGAGACUUAACGAGGCUCUCACGAAUGUCGUGAUUCCAACUUUCGAUAUAAAUAAGCUGCAGCCCACGAUUUUCUCGACUUAUGAGGGGAAAAACCGGUCGAGUUUGAAUGCGCCACUCUCAGAUAUAUGCAUAGGGACUUCGGCUGCUCCGACUUAUCUGCCCGCGCAUUACUUUGAAACCGAGGGCUCGUUAGGGAAAACGAGGCAGUUCAACCUCAUUGAUGGCGGUGUUUUCGCUAAUAACCCGACUUUGUGUGCAAUAGAGCAAAUCAUAAAGAACGAGAUGAAAACACAGCAAAACAGCAGCCUCUUUGCAAACGAGCAUGGCCGUUUCUUGGUUCUCUCACUCGGGACAGGCUCGCCUAAGCGUAAGGAGAAAUACUAUGAGGCGAAGAAAGCAAGAAAGUGGGGCCCGCUCGGGUGGUUGUUCAGCUGCGGCUCGACUCCUCUACUCGACGUGCUUACUCAGGACUUGACCGAUUAUCACAAUCCUGUUGUGCUUCAGACACUACAUUCUCAAGAAAACUACCUCAGAGUUCAUGACGAUACGUUGACUGGAGUAGCGUCUUCGUUAGACGUGGCAAGUGAGAAGAAUUUGAGUCGACUCGUGAAAGUCGGGGAAAGUUUGCUAAAAAAACCGGUCUCGAGAGUUGAUUUGGAGACAGGAGUUCUUGUGCCCGCUGGUCAGGGAACAAAUGAGGAGGCAUUGAUUAGGUUAGCAGGCAUACUUUCGAAGGAGAAACGGAUUCGAGAUGCGAAAUCGAGCGAUGUUCGUGGUGACACCGGAUGA